UAGGGAGCUUAAUCUCCAAAUAAUAAUACUAAUAAUAAUAACGGGGAAGCUCCAAAUGGGCCUCUUCUCAGGGGCCGCCCCUCCGGCGACGCCGGCCUCCAUGGCGCCAGCUCUGGCCCCGCCGCCCCUUCUGCGAGUCUACCCCGCCGGCCGACACCGAGCCAGGGGUUACCGCUCGGCCCGCCUCAACACUCUCUCCUCCGCUAAUGGCCGGCGCCGCACGGCCUUGAUGGCAGGAGGAGGCGCCAGAAAAGGCAACCAGAUCACCGAGAAUUCCCCCGUCGCCGGCGGCGACGAGCAGGUGAUGGAUGGACCUCCAAAGAUUCCGGAGCGCGAUUUUGCCGGCACUCCUUAUGUUCCAGUCUAUGUAAUGCUACCCCUUGGUGUCAUCAAUAUGAAGUGCGAGGUGGUCGAUCCCGAGGAUCUCAUGAAGCAGCUUAAGAUAUUGAAGUCUGUGAAUGUUGACGGUGUUAUGAUUGAUUGCUGGUGGGGAAUAGUGGAGGCUCAUGCGCCGCAGGAGUACAAUUGGAAUGGUUAUAAGCAGCUUUUUCAGAUGGUGCGGGAACUCAACCUCAAGCUGCAGGUGGUCAUGUCUUUUCAUGAAUGUGGAGGUAAUGUUGGUGAUGAUGUAUAUAUUCCUCUGCCUCAUUGGGUGAGAGAGAUUGGCAGAAGCAAUCCUGAUAUUUACUUCACGGAUAGGGAAGGAAGGCGCAACCAAGAAUGCCUUUCCUGGGGAAUUGACAAGGAAAGAGUCUUACGAGGCCGAACAGCGGUUGAGGUCUAUUUUGACUACAUGAGAAGUUUUCGAGUAGAAUGUAAUGAGUUUUUUGAGGAUGGUAUUAUUGCUGAAAUUGAAGUUGGGUUAGGGCCUUGCGGAGAGCUGCGGUACUCAUCUUAUCCAGCAAAGUAUGGAUGGAGGUAUCCUGGCAUUGGAGAAUUCCAGUGCUACGAUCAAUACUUGUUAAAAAGUUUGAGAAAGGCAGCAGAAGCAAGGGGGCAUUCUUCUUGGGCAAGAGGACCAGAUAAUGCAGGCUCUUAUAAUUCCAGGCCCCAUGAAACUGGAUUCUUUCGUGAUGGAGGAGAUUAUGAUAGUUAUUAUGGUAGAUUCUUUCUUGGCUGGUACUCUCAAGUGUUGGUGGAUCAUGCUGACCGUGUACUAUCUCUGGCCAACUUCGCCUUUGAAGGCAUAAAUAUUGCUGCAAAGAUAUCAGGUAUCCAUUGGUGGUAUAAAACAGCCAGCCAUGCUGCUGAAUUGGCUGCUGGGUUUUAUAACCCAUGCAACCGUGAUGGCUAUGCUCCAAUUGCAGCAAUGUUAAGGAAGCAUGAUGCAGCAUUGAACUUUACAUGUGUUGAGUUGCGAACUUUGGAUCAGCAUGAGGACUUCCCAGAGGCUAUGGCGGACCCAGAGGGUUUGGUCUGGCAGGUGUUAAAUGCUGCAUGGGAUGUUUGUAUACCAGUGGCUAGUGAAAAUGCUCUUCCCUGCUAUGAUAGAGAUGGCUACAACAAGAUUUUGGAAAAUGCCAAGCCAUUGAAUGAUCCAGAUGGAAGACAUUUGUCAGCAUUCACCUACCUCAGACUUAGCUCUGUCCUUCUGGAGAGAGACAACUUUUUAGAGUUUGAGCGCUUUGUCAAGCGAAUGCAUGGUGAAGGGGUUCUUGAUCUUCAUUUGUAAAUGAAAAGAUGGAAUCCUACUUUAUUAACGACAGCUUCAACCUGAAAGGAAUGUGUGAAAAGGAUUAUUCUUCACUGAUAACCUUGAGGGGGCUUCUUCCCUAUUUGUAAAGGAAAAUCAUAAAAAUGAUAGCAUACCUGAGAUUUAACCUACUUGUAGCUGCCUUUUGUUCUUUGAGGAAGGAGAUCAGGUUGUCUGGCUUGUUUGAAAUUAUCUGGCUCCUCUUAUUGUGAAAGUUGAGCUAAUCCUGUUCAUUAAUUUUAUUAGCGUAUGCAAAUUGCAUUAAGCAACUGUCCUUUGGAAGCCAAUUUGAAAGGACCAUUCCUUAAUCAGGUCAUUAUCAUUUUUAUCCAGUGAUAAACAUAUCAGUGAGAUGAUCCUUGUAUUCCAGCCACAGUUAAUCUAAAGAUGGUCAAAUUUAUCUGGUCU